AUGGAUGAGUUGGUGCAUGACUUGGCCUCGGCCUUAGAGCAGACUUCAGAGCAAAACAAGCUGGAUGAGCUCUGGGAAGAGAUGGCCCUAAGCCCGCGGCAGCAGCGGCGGCAGCUUCGCAAGAGACGGGGCCGUAAGCGGCGCUCGGACUUCGCGCACCAGGCCGAGCACGCCUGCUGCUACAGCGAGGCCUCCGAGUCGAGCCUGGACGAGGCCAUGAAGGAUUGCCGGGAGGUGCUGGCGGCCAAUUUCAGCGACUCUGAUGACAUGGCGGUGGUCAAACGGCACCCAGCGCUGAGUGCCGCCCUGCGGAGCAAGCAGCACUCGUGGCACGAGUCGGACUCCUUCACAGAGAACGCGCCGUGCCGGCCGCUGCGGCGCCGCCGCAAGGUGAAGCGCGUCACCUCCGAGGUGGCCGCCAGCCUCCAGCAAAAGCUUCGGGUGUCCGAGUGGAGCUACGAGAGGGGCUGCAGGUUCAAGUCGGCCAAGAAACAGCGUCUUUCACGCUGGAAGGAAAAUGCCCCUUGGACAACAUCCAGUCACAGCCUUUGUGAAUCGGGAGAGAACAGGCCCUUCCUCAGCAAAGUGGGAAGGAAAGAGCGGAUGGAGUGUGAAGCUGAUGAGCAGAAACAAGGCUCAGAUGAAAACAUGUCUGAAUGUGAAACCAGCAGUGUAUGCAGCAGCAGUGAUGCUGGCCUUUUUACCAAUGAUGAGGGGCGUCAAGGAGAUGACGAGCAGAGUGAUUGGUUUUAUGAAGGAGAAUGUGUCCCAGGAUUCACUGUCCCCAACUUUCUCCCUAAGUGGGGAGCUGACCACCGAUCCGAAGUGGAGCGGCUUGACGCGGGCCUGGACAAGCUCUCGGAUUCCACCUUCCUCUUGCCCUCGCGGCCGGCUCAGAGAGGGUUUCAUGCUCGCCUCAAUCGCCUGCCAGGAGCUGCUGCCCGUUGUCUCCGGAAGGGCCGCAGGAGGCUCGUUGGCAAGGAGACCUCCAUGAGCACCCUGGGCACUGAGAGGUUAGGCCAUAUUGUUAGUGACCCUCGCCAGAAAGAAAGGAACAAAGUGCCAGCCUCUGAUUUCCCCCACACUGUGGCCCAUGCACGUGAGUUCAAUCCAUUAUCUCCUCUGUACUCUCUGGACAUGCUUGCUGAUGCUUCCCACCGAAGAUGCUCUCCAGCACGCUGCACUGCCAGGCAAGCAAAUGUGCACCUGGGACCACCGUGCUCAAGGGAUAUCAAGAGGAAACGAAAGCCAGCUGCAGCCUCCAUUUCCAGCCCAACUUCAGCAACAGUAUCUGUCCACAUGGAUGCUGCAGACUCAGACCUACCAGCAACACUAUCCCCAAGAUCUCAGAGCUCUGAGGGGACUGGGAAAACACCAGCAGCUGAAAAAGCCACUGCUGCUUCCUCCACUAACUUUUUCAAAAUGCCACUAGAGAAGAGCCCUGGACACAGCUAAAAGGAAGCAUUGCAACUCAUAAAUGCAUAUUGGAUUUUGGAAGUGUUGGGCUUUAUAUAAUCUCCACCAAAUGUCUUGUUUGGCAGUAAUGGUAUCUUCAGUAUUGGUACGUGAUGCGUGCCAGCACCCAGGCUGAUGUGCGUGCCCCACAUGCCUAAAUAAUGCUUGUGAAUAUGUGUUUAAAGAAAGGUAAUCGGUGGUGUUGGGAGCGUAUUGGCUUUUAAAACAUUCUUGCUAUUGCUGUGAGUAUUUAUUAAUGCAUUCAUCUCUUUCCCUGGUGCCAGCGCAUACAUGCUGGGUCGUGCACAGAAUAUCCUGUGUUUUCACAUCUUCAUCUUGCAUCAGCCCAUGGACACGUUGCUUGUUUGCUGUAUGCAAUGCUUUUCAGGUGAAAGCCCUGCUGUAGCUACAAGGAGGCAGAGGCUUCCACCCAGUCCAUUGUCAGGCCACAGGAAUUCUUGGCUGGGGGAUGAGGAGGGAAGCACACAGGUUGAAACAUGGAACCUGCAUUAACUGAAUGUCCUGAAUGUCUUUAGUCUUGCUUGUGUAUGGCAUGUUCUUUCUUGAAUCUUCUGUUGGAUAAAGAGUUGGGAGAACUACUUGAACAUAAAUGUGCAGGAUGGGGUCAUGGAGAGGAACUUGGACCAUUGAAUAUCCUUAGAGUAUGAGAGAGGACAUGCAAAGCCUCUGUUCCUUAGCGAAUAACUUCAAAAGUGACUGCCAGUGUAUCCCGGGGCACUUGCUGUUGAAGUUGACCAACCACCUGAGUUCACAACCUUCUGGGUAAUGAUCACACCACUUCUGUCAUAUGUUGUCCCUCUCUUCAAAAAGUGUUGUCCGGGUGUCUCCACUACAGAUGAUGACGUUUCACACUGCAGCAUACACAGGCAAGUCUCUCUAUAACCCUCCCCUCGCCUCCCUGUUACCGUUUGUGUUGCAGAAUAUAUGGAAAGUGAUUUUACCCCCUCUUCCCGUGUCCAUGAUCACACUAUAUUUUUAUUGAAUGACUGGAGCUUAUAUUGGGCUACAUUUUUUUAAGAGUAUAUACCCUCAUAGCGUGUGUCAAGGAGGCAGUGGCUGCACUGGUUCUUAAAUCAUAUAGAAAUAGGAGGUAUUUGUAUGCACAGAGCUCCUCUGCUUUUCUCCCUGCGUGGAGCUUACAGACAGGAUCGUUUGAGCAUGUGAAAUGCACUUUGAAUGUGGAGGUGCAGUUAGCACUCAAGCAGAUAACAGAUUUUUGCAUGUUUUUAGUGUUUUUGCAGUGCUCUG